AUGAAGCUUGUAAAUAUUUAUGAUCCCACAUCUGGUAGUUUAAAACAGUUAAUUGAUACAUCCAUGGCGGUGUACUUCAAAAAGCCAAAUAGCUUUACCGGAGAAGACAUCGUGGAGCUCCAUACACAUGGGUCCGUUUCUAUUAUUUCAAAGCUCCUGUCAGUGCUGUCUGUAUAUCCGAAUUCUCGCGCUUCACGACCGGGUGAAUUCACACAACAAGCGUUCUACAACGGCAAGUUGGACCUGACAGAAGUCGAAGGCCUUGAUGAUCUUCUCAAUGCCGAAACGGACGCACAAAGAAUUGUCGCGUUGGCACAGCUCAAGGUUUCGAUAGGAAAUACUUCUUCGCUGGUCGGAAAGUGGCGUGCAUUAUUGAUUGAAGCGAUGGCGCGGCUCGAAGCAUUUAUCGACUUUGGCGAUGACGAACAGAUUUUUCAAGUCGAUCAAGCUGUGUGUGAAGAAUUGCAAAAAUUGGUCACCGAACUUCAAUUGCACCUCAAAGACCAUAGAAGAGGAGAAAUUGCCAGAGACGGGGCUAGGGUUUGCAUUUUGGGAAGGCCUAAUGCCGGAAAGAGUUCCCUUUUCAAUUUACUGCUGCAAAAGAAAGCCUCUAUUGUUUCAAGUAUCCCAGGUACAACGAGAGACAUAAUUCAACGAUCAACCAACAUUGGAGGAUAUGCUGUGCAACUAUUUGAUACGGCUGGAAUUCAUCAUUCAUCACAAUGCCCCAUUGAAACCGAGGGGAUUUCCAUUGGCCUGGAGGAGGCUCAAAGGGCCGAUUUUCUCAUAUUUGUGAUUUCUUUGGAAGAAAAAUGUCACUCUUCGCUAAAAUCAUUCCUUGCAUGGCUAGCUUUAUACUUACCAAAUGCGGCCGAAGAGGAAAGAGAUAUUAUCAAAAAAAAAUCGCUCUUUUUGCUUAGCAAACCCGACUUACUAGCCGAUGCUGGUUUGAAAUCAAAAAUCGAAUCAGAAUGGAGGAACCAUUUCGGCAGCAAUGUCUUUCUGUGCACGCUUACUCAGGAUGCUGGCAACAUCAAUACCUUAUUAGCCGCUUUGCAAGCACUGCUGAAAGACAGAAUUGGAAUGGACAUUCAUUCCCCGCAUGAUUGUCCUGUUUUUUUCCGUGAAAGACAUAGGCCCCACUUGGUUGAAUUGGAAAGAUGCGUUUCAAAUACUUUGCAGCUGCUAAAAGAUCCUGCAAGCUGUGAUUUUGUAAUAGCUUGCGAAUUAUUGAGACAAGGAUGCACGCAAAUUGGAUACGUCACCGGUAAAAUCUCUUCAGAAGAUAUUCUUGAUGCUCUUUUUAAGAAUUUCUGCAUUGGAAAGUGA